CAUGACUGUGCCCUAAACCUGACUGUUCGAUAAGCAAAGGAAAUCUUGGAGAGUAAUGCCAGCCCACAGGGCUUGACUGCUCGGGGAGAGGUGAGGAGGAAGCUGGGCUCUCACGGCUACGCAGGUGGCCUUUCUGGGCAGGGAAGAUGAUGGAGGAAACAAGAUCCAAACAGACCCGGAAUUCUAGACUCCUGGUCUGCUCCUGGCGGACCCCUCACCCACUGCUUUCUGUGGCUGGCAUCACUCUCCUCCUGGCAGUCCAGAGGAGGGCUGCGUCCCCAGAGUAGGCAGGACGCAAUUCCCAGCGGACAAGACUUGCCCCCCUGACUGAGAGUGGCAUGGCGGUGGCUCCUGUGUUCUCACUGACCUGGUGACAGCCCGUCGGGGCGCCUGGCCUGCUGGCCUUUCCCAUGCUCUGCUCUGCCUGUACCCAGCCUGGGCGUGACCAGCAGCUGAGAGACAUCCUGGGAGGGUGGAGGCCUGUGAGGACUGGCCUGGCCUGUGGAAUGGGGGCUCUCUGCAGCCAGGAGAGAUCUCCAGAGGAGGGGCCGCCCACUGGAUGGCGAGGACGAGGAUGGGGGGCCCUGGUCAGGCGGGCGCUCUUGGCUGCUCUGCUCUCGGGCCUGCUCCUCGGCUCCUUCGUGCUUUCCGUCUACGUCUUCCGCGGCUGCGGGCCUCGCCUCUGUGAGACGCCGCGGUGCUGGGAUCUCCUGGCGGGCUAUCUGGCCUCUGGGAACACCACCGUGGCCCCCUGCUCUGACUUCUUCAGCUUCGCCUGUGGGAAGGCUAAAGGGGACAGCAGCUCUUUUCAGGCUCUGACAGAGGCGAACAAAGGGCGACUUCGGAGGAUCCUGGAGGCCCCGGGCUCCUGGCCCCCAGGCUCUGGGGAGGAGAAAGCCUUCCAGUUCUACAACUCCUGCAUGGACACGCGUGCCAUCGAGGCUGCAGGGGCCGGUCCCCUCAGACAAGUUAUCCAGGAGCUGGGAGGCUGGCAGAUCUCCGGGAACUGGACCCCCUUAGACUUCAACCGAACGCUCAGCCUUCUGAUGAGCCAGUACGAUCACUUCCCCUUCUUCAGAGCCUACCUGCAACCACAUCCCACCCCUCCGCACAGGCCAGUCAUCCAGAUAGACCAGCCAGAGUUUGACAUUCCCCCCAAGCAAGAUCAGGAACAGCAGAUCUAUGCCCAGAUCGUUCGGGAAUACCUGAACUACCUGACACUUCUGGUCACCUUGCUGGGAGGAGACCCAGUCAAGGUUGAAAACUACGCCUUCUCGUCCAUCUCCAUUACCUCACGGCUGUCCCAGUUUCUGAGGCCCCUGGAGCAGCAGCAGGCGCAGGGGAAGCUCUUCCACAUGGUCACUGUUGAACAACUGCAGGAAAUGGCCCCUGCUAUUGACUGGCUGUCCUGUUUGCAAGCAACGUUUGCACCGAUGCCCCUGAACCGCUCCCAGCCCCUUGUGGUCCACGACCUGGAGUAUUUGAAGAACAUGUCACAGCUGGUGGAGGAGCAGAUGUUGAACAACAGGGACCUCCUGCAGAGCCACAUGAUCUUGGGGCUGGUGGGGACCCUCUCUCCAGCCCUGGGCAGUCAGUUCCAGGAGGCACGCAGACGGCUAACCCAGAAACUGCAGGAGCUGACAGAACAACCACCCGUGCCCGCCCGCCCGCGAUGGAUGGAGUGCGUGGAGAAGACUGGAACCUUCUUCAGGCCGACGCUGGCGGCCUUUUUUGUUCGCGAGGCCUUCAGCCCAAGCACCCAAAGCGCUGCCAUGGAAUUAUUUGCAGCCAUCAAGGACGCUUUCGUCACUCGCCUCAGAAGAGUGCCCUGGAUGGAUGAGCAGACCCAGAAACAGGCCCAGGACAGGGCGUCCCGACUGCAGGUGAAGAUGGGGGCCCCGGAGUGGGCCCUGAAGCCCGAGCAGGCCAGACAGGAAUACGCAGAUAUACAACUUGGGCCCAACUUCCUGCGGUCCUUCCUGAGCUGCGCCCGAUCCCUCCGAGCUAGAAAUGUCCGGAGCUUUCUGCAGCCUUCCCACCGCAGCUGGCAGGUGUCCCCCUGGGAGGCCAGCGCCUACUACUCGGUAGCUGACCACGCGGUGGUCUUGCCAGCCGGACUCCUGCAGCCCCCGUUCUUCCACCCCAGCUUCCCCAGAGCCGUGAACUUCGGCGCUGCCGGCAGCAUCAUGGCCCGCGAGCUGCUGCGUGUCUUCUCCCCGCUCUUGCUGCCGGGGGGCUGCCCCUCCUGUGACUCCCAAGCCCUGCAAGGGGCGCGGCUGUGCCUGGAGCGUCUCUAUGCAGCCUUCCCACUGCCCGGCGGAACCUUCUCCGGCACCUUCCUGGAGAGCGCGGCGGAUGUGGGGGCCCUGGCCAUCGCGCAGCAGGCCUACAGCCAGCGACUGCAUGGGCCCCGCGGGGAGACCACCCUGCCCGACCUGGGCCUCCGGCCCCAGCAGCUCUUUUUCCACAGCUACGCCCAGGUGAUGUGUCAGGCGCUGGGCAGCCGGGCUGCCCUGGACACCCACAACCCUCCCGCCCUUCGGGUCCACGGGCCCCUCAGCAACACCCCAGCCUUCGCCAGACAUUUCCGCUGCCCCCACGGCACUCCCCUGAACCCCUCUAACCGCUGCCAACUCUGGUGACGGCUGCCAGAGAGGACUGGAAGAGGUAUCACCGCCUGCCUGCCCGUUCGCGAAGCGGGGUGAUGUCACCCCCCUUCUCCUUCCCACUCUGAAAAUAAAA